ACGUAACCUGAAACAAUCGAAGGAGAGAACGAUAACGAAUGAUCGUUGCACUGACACACGUUGGUGGAUGUGAAUUACACCACGAGAGCUGAUCGUCCUGGACGCAUCGCGUUGGCCAUUUUUUUCCCCCGACGCCCGAUUGAAUUGUUGCACGGACGGACGUUGAAGACCGUAUUUCGUAUCUAUGCUUCCCGACGACGUGAGAACAGGCGGUUAUCGUUACUUUGUACCGGCGACGUAUUUAUCGAACGAUCCAACGGAGAAACGGGGAGCAGGAUUGCAACCAUGCGUCGCUGUACCUUGAAACGUCACAGAUCACGCUGGACGAACUCUUGAGCGGGAUCACGGAACGAGCUGAGGCUACUGAAGCAUUCAACCUGGCGGAAUUGUCGAAGAGACGCAAGACGUACCUCGGGGAGCACUGGCUCGCGCUCACGCGAAUAUGAGCAUGACUCUCGUCCGAAAUACGUUCAAAGGUUGCAGCGAGGACGAGGCAGCAGGUGUCGUGAACGCGGAGGUGGGCGGAGGUUGCGCAGCCGGGGCGCCAACCACAGGAAGUAACGGUGGAGGUGGUAGCGGGACAGGUAGCGAGGUUGGUGGUGGCGGAGGAGGCGUUGGUGGUGGUGCAGGACCAGGAACAGGAGGUGGUGGUGGUGGCCGUGGUAGCGGCGGUGAGGGCGGAUCAACGAAGCAGGGUGGCGAGAGGUGUCCCCAUUGUGGUAUCCUCUGUCGGGACGUCCACGUGCUUCAGCUCCAUCUCGAGGACACGCACAAGACCCCGUACGCCAUCGACAAGAACGAUCUCAACGCUCAAUUCCCCCAAGUGUCCUGCAAGGUGUGCAGCAAGACUUUUGCUAACGUCUACCGACUCCAAAGGCACAUGAUCAGCCAUGAUGAAAGUGCCGUGCUUCGUAAGUUUAAGUGUCCCCAUUGCGAGAAAGCCUUCAAGUUUAAGCAUCACCUCAAGGAGCACCUUCGCAUUCACAGCGGUGAAAAGCCAUUCCAAUGCAACAAUUGCGGGAAACGUUUCUCUCAUUCGGGCUCGUAUUCGAGUCACACGACGUCGAAGAAGUGUCUGAUAGUGAACUUAAAGAAAUCAAGGCACACGAACGUGAGCAAUGUAGAUCGUGGCUCGAAAAAAGUGCAACAACCCCUGCCGCCGGGACGUCGCGAGGUCGAUCUGCUCGCGGCGAAUAAUAACACUUUCCUCCCUAUUCUGCCGAAGCUUUCACCCUCGGAUUACCAGGAAAUACAACGAGAAGGAGCGGGUAUUUACGAUAUGCCGACCCUCUUGCCUCAAAUGAUGGGUUUCGGUAGUUACUUCCUACGGAUGUCCUUGGGUAAGAUCUUAACUCAGCUACAUUCCAAGAGAUUGGACGAGGUAGCCGAGCAAUUCGAGUCUCAUCGGGAGCUUAUGAGUCCAUCCACCGCGGAUUCGGAGGGCACCGAGGGCACCGAGGGCAAAGAAUCACCGGCGCCCGCAGAUCCUCAGGGUCUCGACGCUGUUCGAAGAAUUUUGGAAACCGUCAACACCUCUGUCACGAAACAAUUACUGGAAGCGAACGUACGAAAGUUGUCUACCUCACCAGCGACGAUGAAACGGGAGUUCGAGGAGGAUUAUCAAGAUCAAGAUAGCGAAAUGUCCAGCGAGAUGGCACACUAUCCGGACUGGUCAACGACGGAUCAAUAUGAUUCGCAGAGCGAGGGUUUAGCGGCGAAGCUCGAGGACGUAAAUCAACCGAGCGCGAAAUCAGGCUACAAAAGAAAAGCGGAGGACAGCUCGGAAGCUGACUCGGACGACGAUGAAGAUGGAACCCAAACGCACAACGAUAAUGGAAGGAGAGUUAGAGCAAGGUCGUUGAUAGACGACGAGCAAUUGGCUGUUCUCAAAGGUUACUAUGCCAUUAAUCCUCGGCCCAAAAAGGAAGAAAUCAUCAUGAUAGCGAAUUAUAUCAAUUUCCCCACCCGUGUCGUACAGGUUUGGUUCCAAAAUUCCCGAGCGAGAGAUCGACGAGAGUCGAAGAUACCACCUCUGGUGCCACUGGCUAAUUCGAUCAGUCAGACUACCAUCGAACAACCCCUCGAUCUGUCGAAGAAAGAAGGACUCACCCAGUCAACGUGUAAAGAGAACGAUGUUGUCUCGGUCAAACAAGCCCCCUCGCCUCCUGUCGAACUGAAGAAUGAUCAUCCACCUACGCAUAAUCCAGACACGGACGAUUUGGAGGAUUCGCCGCUCGUUAUAGACGAAGAGACUACCGAUUCUGUGGAAACGAAACGUUUAGUCCCUACCACAGGGGGAGAAAUUGGUCCAAAGAGUCAACCUCAAACGAAUACGAAGAGUGAAAGUGAAAACGUCAGUAAACCAGAGGCCCCGCCAGCGGCGGAAAUCGAGCAGGGCGUUUACUUCUGUGAUCGGUGUGACAAAACAUUCUCCAAGCACAGUUCCCUAGCAAGACACAAAUAUGAACAUUCCGGGCAAAGGCCGUACAAAUGCAUGGAGUGCACAAGGGCGUUCAAGCACAAGCACCAUCUGACCGAACACAAGCGGCUGCACAGCGGGGAAAAGCCCUUCCAAUGCUCCAAGUGCCUGAAGCGUUUCUCUCACUCGGGCUCGUACAGCCAGCACAUGAAUCAUCGUUACUCUUACUGCAAGCCGUACAGAGAAUAGGUAGUAUUCUGCUAGUUCAAACCGAAAUCUUCUUCGCCGGCUUAGUUAAGUACGUACGGUCCUUUCUUCCUUCCACACGGGACUCGGCAUUUAAAAAAAGCUCGAGGAAAAAAGCAAAUACGAUAAUUUAUACCUCGCGUCAACGCGCGAGAACACGCUAGAGGGACGAGACGAAGAGGUAGCGACCAAUCUCGUGCUACUAAAGAACACCUUGCGGAAUCUGUUACGACAACGCUGCGUGAAACGUAAGCGAACGAUUAGAGUCUAAAUGAAAAAAGAAACGCGCAUCGCGGUUUCCAGGAAGCAAAAAUAAUAAUGGAGAAGAUUGAACAGCAUCGUCCAAGUAUCUCGAGCGUGUAUCUUCUUGGAAGAUAAAAAAAAAGGAACAAAAGAAUGAUAAAUUUGCGUCGAUUUUGAAAUCGACUGAGUUGUGAAUAAAAAAGAAAAAAGAAAGAAAUGAAAAAAAAAUAUAGAAACCAAACAAUACGCAACGGUACCAAAAAUGCAUAAUGCAAUAAUCUAUUAUAUAUUAUAUAUAAUAUACAUAAUAUUUUAGUAUUUUUAUUAACAAGAUUAUUAUAUAUACCAUGACAAUAAUAAGGAAACUAAUUAACGUACAAAUUUGUUAGCCACGUUUGCACGGGGCACGCGAUGGAUUCAGUCGCGGGACAAAAGGGCGAAGGGAUGCAACGCGAAUAUUUAAAAGUUCCAUUGAACUGAACAAGUUGCACGUGCAAUUCUGAUGCAAUUUCUCGAAGAAGAAAACUCGAUGUAUAUUCUAUACGCGAUAAGAGAAUCGUGUGUCAAAAGAACAAGAGUAAUUUUCUGUAUAUUUUCGAUCGAAUUUGCCCUCAACAAUAGUCCCAGUUUAUCGAAAAGAAGAAGAAGAAAAUGGAAACGAUCGGGAAUGAAUUAUUCUUUUCUUCCUAAAGAAUUAAUUGGAAAAAAUUCUCGGCUAGUUGUACGUUAAGUGUCUGAAUUUGAUUUGUUGGGAAUCUCUGGUACUCCAGACCUCCUCUGAUGAUUGAGUAAUUUUGUAAACUCGAGACGAGGUGUUUCUGGGCCUUAUUUGACGGUGAUCGAUGCCAUAACGACUAUCUUUCGAUCGUUUUGUACUUACUUUCAAUUUCCAGUCAUCGUAUCGUCGGCAUCCGCACAGGAAAGCAUACAUUCAUCAAGAGAUUCCAUAAAUAUGAACUGAAGUUCCAUCGUAUAAUUUGUGAUUAAUCGUAUGACCCCAUGACGUCAUCUACAAAGACAAUAAUGAUACAAAAUACAAGAGAGAAACAUAGAGGGAAAAAAGGUAUGCCUUAGACAUUCCGUUAGAAUCAGUGCCCUUUUUAUUUCUUCAUACAAAUCAUUCAUCAUGGUGAAGCAUCAACCAUGGCCUCUCGUACUUUCUGUCGAGCUCGUUGACAUUCGUCUGAUUCAUAAACAUUGACGAAGAUCAUCGAAGUUCAUUGAUUUUCCGAUGCACGAAAGAAACAAAAAAAAAAGAAAAAAAAAAGAAAAAUGGCAUCGAGAACCUCGCAAUAAGAAGAAGAAAGAAAUCCCUUCACCAAGAAAUGCGGGCCCCGAUCGUAAACUCAUAAGUAUAUUAAAUGCUUCCAAUACUGUACUAUUAAAGAAGAAAAAAAAAAUUAUUAUUACAACAUUUUUAUGAUUUUAUUCAUUCGGACGCGUAGGUAAGCGGUAUAUAUAUAUUAUAUAAAUAUAUAUAUAUAAUCUACAGAUCGAUAAUACUCGAGAAUGUAUUUUAUAACGAUUUAUGCCUCUUUUUAUUUACACGUACCACGAGUGACAAGUGAUAUAUAUUAUUAUUAUAAAUAUAUAUAUUGUUAUUGAUAAAAAAGUGAAAAAAAAAAACACGAAGAAAAUAAUUGAUGAAAGGAAACGACGACUUAAUUACGGGGAUACACUGGAAAGAGUGUAUAUUUAAAAUAAAAGGAAGUCGUGUCAAAAUAGUAGCAUCGUGUUCGGCCAAGAAAGAAAACGGUACACGCCACCGUGUUGCAUUUCCUCCGCGUCUAGAAGCUCCGGUUAUCCGCGACAGGCAUCGUGUCCGUACUACGAAAAAAGAAAAAUAAGAAAAAUGAAAUAAAAAUGAAUCCAAGAUAUGAUGAUGAUGAUGAUGCUUAAUAAUACUCAUUUAUUAUAUAGUGUUAAUAGUUAAGAAAUAUAUUUUUAUAUUAUUAUAAUAUUACGACACGAUAUAUUAUAUAUACACGAUGAUAUAUAUUAAACUAAUUCGAAUCCGCCGCGGUUUAACGUGAAUAACACCGCGGCGUGUCUGUUCCUCGGCUGGUACAGAUAACGCGAGAAUCUUCUAUUUUUAUUUUCUAGUUUCGAAACUCGAUCGUAAACGAUUCAAACGUUCCUGUGCAAUCGCUUUGUUAUAUCGUCUACGUUAUUUGUCUUUGUCGUUGCGCGUUUUUUUUUUGUUUUUUUUUUUUUUUACGUUCUCUUCUUUCUUUAACUCGUUCUUAUUUGUAUACGAUUUAUUUUCUUUCUAUUUUACCAUUAGUUAACCUGGCAUUCCUUAAGUAUUUCUAUCAUUUUCUUUUUAUGGUUUUGCGAGAGUUUAAUUCAGUUUUUUUUUUUUCUUUCAAUUUUUUAAUUACGUUGAGACACCCUCGAUUCUGUACUUUCGAAUACUUUCACGACCAACGGGUUUAAUGACAUCAGGAAGGAAAAGCAGGAAACUUACGAAGACAAUAUUACAAUACGUAUAAGUGACUAAAUGAAGAAUAACAAAAAAAAUUAUAUAUAUAUAUAUAAAUGAAUAUAAAUAUAUAUAUAUAAAUAUAAAUAUAUGAAUAUAAAUAUAGAUAAAUAUAGAGAUAUUUGCUCUGAUUCGAGAGUAUUUGCAACCUGCUCGCCUCGAUGUAACUGUAUAUACGUAUUAUUAAAAAUAACACACGGCAUACAAGUGUCAUUUUUGCCAGCUUUCGCGCAUCGGCAUCGGUUAUGUCUCCGUUACUUCCUAAAACUAUUAUAAACUAACGAAAGAAAAUAAAAUGAUAAGCGAAUGGGUACUCGUUGAAGCACGAAGCAAACGGAAUACGAGAUAGUGAGGAGAGAAAUACGAGGGAAAAAGUUGUUAAUAAUUGUUAAUGCAACGAUUUAAUGAUGAGCACCGUACGAUGCCUUCCGUGAACGACCGAGCUUGCCUAGUUUACCGAGAUUAACAUAGAAAUUCAAUGAUUCGAUCUCGAAUUGAAUUCUCUCGUCGAAAGUACCAUUACUCCCGUGAUGUUUCUCUUUGCACACCAAAAAAAUAUCUAUUUCUUAUCUUCCGAUAAAAAAAAUAAAAUUCAAUAUCGACGUUGAAUUCAGAUUUAUAAAAAUGUAUAAAUUUUUAAGUUAUUUCGCGAUUUUAUUCGAGGCGAGAAGCACACGAGAGUAAUAAAAAAAAAAAAUCUAGUUCGCUUCAAAAGCAGUACUCGACGAACACUGGUGUGGUUAUGCUAUUGAGCUUUCCAUGACUACCGUUUUACGUAAAAAAAAAAAACACCAGAAACCGUGGUUGUGUGCGUGUCAAAGCGUAUGCGUGUAUGUGUGCACAGAGAAAAUACUCGGAAAUGGAGAAAAAAAAAAAGAAAGGAUUACGGCAGGACAAUAAAAUAAAUACCGUUUCGUUUAGAGAUUUUUAGAAGAGCGUAAGCAUUACACAAUAGUAUAUAUAAUAAUUCUAUAUAUACAUUGUAAGUGUGAAAAUUAAAAAGAAUAAAUUUGCUAAAUUCAUAAAUCUGCAUGUGAGCACACAUGCACGUCCCUGGCGUGGGUGUACAUGUGUGUACACAGCGGACAGCAUAUGUAUAUGUACAUAGGUAAUACAUUCGUAAGGUUACAUUUUAGUCGCCAGGAAUAGCGAUGCGGAUGUUAUUAUAACAGCGAUGCGUAAUGUACGGUAGAUGAGAGAACGAAGGGAGAGAAAAAAAAAAAAUGAAAACCGGAAGGUUCCAGCUGCGUAGUGAAUGCAGUGCCUUCUCCGAAAAAUAUCUUUUUUAAUUUUGAUAAUGAUAAAUUAUACUAUGCGUUGUUAGAAAGAUGUCUUGUGAAAGGAAUGCAAUUAUAUUCUGAUAGAUCCAGUUGUAGAGAUAAAGGCAUGGACGUCUCAAAUUGUUAAUUACUAAUUUGACUAAUUACUCGCCAGUCCUAUGACUAUGUCGAUGUGUGCCAUAAGAACUUAAUAUCUCUCCAGCAACGCAUGGUAUUGCAAACUUUUCUAAUCGCACGAUUUUGAUUUUUUAAAAUCUAAUUAAAAAUUUCUAAAUUGCAUUAUUUUGUAAAACAAGUUAUAAUUUAUAUAUAAUUGUACAUAAAUUUUCAGAUUAAUUUUGAAUUCGGGGAAGGAACGUGUUGUUCUUGUAAUUAGAUCGGUAAUUAAUGUUAUGAAAAGUAUAUUAUUCUAAUGAGAACGAUCUCCUUUCAAAAGUUCGAUCGUUGUAAAUGGGCAUUCAAUAUAUAGACAAAGAAAAAUAAAAAAAAAAAUAUAAAGGAACGACGAUGGGUCGUUUAUGUGGAUAAGAAUCGAACAGAACACUGCGAACACUACGUGGCUACCAUUUUUCUUAGCGCAUGGAUCAGUGAAUUCGGCUCGUACGGAAACAAAAUGCCGAACCAGUUGAACACUGCGGAAAGAAGCAGCAGAAAAGAGAUGAAAAUUAAAAAUAAUGUAUUGUGACGAAGUUCCAUCCAUAAAUAAAAUAAAUGAAAAUAUUAUACAGUUAGGCCGACUUUUCCGCCAGUUCGUGCCUUUUUUCUGCAGGGAGAGAGAGUGCAGUUUUGGAAACGAUCUGAAUGUAUGCUGUAAUGUUACCGCCUGCUGCUAAAAAGAAAGAAAACGAGAGAUAGGGAGCAAGAAAGAGAUAUUUCAAGUUGGCCGAUUUUGAAAUAAAAACACAGGCGGUCAGAGGGAAAGGAUGAUGGUUAAUUACGCGAAGAAAUCUAAAUGAUUUUAUGUUUGGUGAGGUAACAAAAGUGUGUGUCCUGUAAUGCAUUAUGAUUAUUGAAGAACAUUACGUGCACGCCGAUUGUUUCGGUUAGUGAGCGUAACGGGUUAAGAAAAGCGAUGAAACGAAGGGAAAGAAAAGAGGUGCGAGAUUCUAAUAAAGUGUAAGCAGUUCAUCCGAGUGACACGAAUGAAAAAAAAAGGGUGAGAAGAAAGAAUGUAUGCAUGAGUGAGAUUGAACGAAAGGGAGAGAGAGAAUUCUAGCAAUUGUUGAACGUUCAUUAAAUUGUCCUCGUUUCACGAUGUAAUAAAGGCUAUUUUACUUUGA